UUCUACCUCCCGUCCCACGAAAGCAGCGGAGCCAAAGUGAGUGAACGCUAGAACAACAAAUUAGUGUAGCAUUAGAACAAUGCGCUUUGACUCGCAAACGCAGAACGGGAAAGUGUAUGAGUGAAAUUUGGUCCAGCUCGUAACGAAAAGCUCCACAGCGCAACACUCUCAACCGUGUGGAGCCACCUGAAACCGCGGGCUCCACGCGGCUGCCACUCACACGUGUGCGAUCAGGCUCGCUGCCGCCAGUUCACCAGCGGACGUCUAGUCGACCGGGUUCAUCUCGGGGCAAAGCGGCGGAUUCCUCUUCGCGCGACCAGUGGACAAGCGUUUGUUUGAAAGUGCACAACAACACAAAGCGCACGAUCAACGCCCGAUUGUUCCCGCUUCGGUGACGCGACCGGCUUUCUCUUCUAUGUGCCGCCAUCGCCAUCAUGGCACAACCACCAGCGGCGGAUGCGGCCACCAUGAUUGCUGCCGACCGGCCGCUCAGCUUGUACGACAAUCUCACGUCGCCGAGCGUCCUUGCGAACGGUGGCGGCACCGCCGGGCGCGUCAUCCAGUUUCCCGACAUACAGUUUCGCUUCGACGAGAGCAUCCCGGACCGCCGGUCGGUGCACAGCAGCGCCAAGUCGGACUUUUUCGGCCUGCACCCGACGCCCUCCACCAGCCAGCCGGCGGCCAUCAUCACCGCCGACCCGCCGCCAUCAACCCAACUGACCGACGGCCAUCGAUGUUCGCCAACACCCGCCGGCCCGCCGGACCCCAAUCGUUCGUCCGCAUCUCCGGCACACGAUGCUAGUGGUGGUGGUGGUGGUGCUAGUGUGUCAUCGGCAUCGCCUACCUCCACCUCCUCCACCGUGCCGGCCCAGCUGUCACCGGUGGCCAUCGUCGAUUCGCCGCGGGAUUCGUACGCCACCACCGAUCCACUCGGCUCCACCAGCACACCCCGCUCGUCCCGCCCGAGCUCCACGAUCAAAACCAUCACCAUCAAACUGCCCGACACUACCACCGGCGUUGGCCCAUCCGAGGCAGUAUAUAUGACGACGACGGUUCCACAGAAUUUCACCAAAAACACGAACACUCUCAUCGGGCGACACAAACCGACGCGCAACAGCCUCCGACACAGCCGGAUGCUGGUGGCGAACAAGACCGUACUGCAGCGGUACCCAAGAGGCAACUCGCUGAACCUGCGCUAUGUGAGGCUGAGCAAGGUGCUGAUGGUGCUGCAGAUCGUGGUCGGGCUGGCACUGAGUCUCGUCGGGCUGGCCAUCACGAUCUGGUCACCGUCCAUGCAGACCAAGGACAACCCGUACUGGUCGGGCAUAGUGCUCAUCCUGUGCGGCACGAUGUUUCUGCUGCUGUUCGAGUUCAAGCGAGGCCGGCAUAUGAGCCCGAAAGGGGCUGCGGCACACCACCAGCAGCAGCAGCAGGCAUCCCAUCCAGUGCAGCACCGAUGGCGUGAAAGCUGCUUCCACUUCCUACACGUGAACGCCCUGGUCGUGCUGCUGCUGACCAUCUUCUUCACCAUGCUGGCGUUCAUCUAUGCGCUCAUCCACACUACCAACCUGUCGUCGGCCGGGUUGCGCUGCGAGCCGCAGUUUCCCUUCAACGUGAAUACCUCAUCGUGCGUGUGCACCAUCGACACGGCGGCCACGAAAGGCACAGUCCAUCCUCCCGCGGCGAACACUGAACCGUCGCAUCCCGUGCCCGGCAAUGGCACCAGCAGUCCCGACGACGGUGUGAUACGAUUAGAGUAUCGAGACUUCAGCUGCGAUGAGGUGCACGGUAUCUGGUACUACGUGACGAUCACCUCGACUUUGCUGAACAGCGCCGGAUGUCUCCUGGCAGCUACGUUCCUCGUGAUCUACGCGAUCGAUUGCAUUCGCCGACCCGAGAACGACUCCCCACGGUUGGUUGCGUGCAGACUCCAACCGACUGGUGGUGACCUGGCAGCAAGGGCAAUUAACGGGCGCACCGCUGGCGGAACUACUACCGCGGAAGAUCGACAUGGCGUGGAGGAAGGUGCCACAAUGCCGCUGCUACAAAACCUACCCACAGCGACCCACCCCCCACCGGCGGCUGUCGCGCACGAACCGAACGAAGGGGCCAACACCAGCGUUAGGAGUAUUAACACCACGAUGGCCGAGCAUCAGCUGACCGAGGAGAAUACGACGCUCACCACAAUCCUCUCCGCCGAUGGUGAGCUGGACAAUCCGUUGCCGUCCUCAUAGUGUCGUGGUGUGACGGGACGACCUUCCGUAUUGGAACUGGACUACGAAAGCAGUAUUCGCGCUUACUGGCGCUCAACACCAUUAGUAACAUAGCAAGGAUACUAAGAACUAUAAUAAAUAAUUGUGAAAUAAAUAAUUGAACUGUACGAAGUUGCAUAUCAUUCUGUUAGCCGACACCACAACCUCCAAAACUGACCGAACGUUCUUUUCCAGCAUUCGCAAUGAAAAAACACACAAAAGCUGAACCCACAAUCGCGCACACACACGCAUCGACAAACAGACUGUUCAAUUACGAUCUCAUUUUCUCCACCACAUCCAGCAAAGGAUGCGAUAAGAGAUAUAUGUCGGAGACUCGAAUUAAAGGGACAAAAGGCCAAUGUAAUGCUUAGCGCGGUAGGAGACCAAUCUUUAAAUUGUGCAGCAGUAGUAGAUAUACCAUCUAGGGUGUGUGAUUAUAAGAAAACGAAAGAAAAUGAAACUCCCUAGCCUUGCCAAAGAUUACGGGCCACCAACGAGCCAUGGCCCACGGCAGAUAGCAUCGCGACACCAUCCCGAGACAUGGGCUUGGCCGAUCCGAAUUUCAACAAACGAAGUGCGAUAGACAUUCUCCUUGGA